AGUGAAAGGUCAGAGGUAAAAUAUCUCUCUAUCAAGAUUAAAAUGGCGGCCGACCAGCAGCAGUUUGAGGCUUUGCUGCAGAGCCUACUUAGUACAGAAAAUAAAACACGAUCGCAAGCAGAGGAAGCCUACGAAGCAAUCACCAUACAGAGUAAACUGCCUCUCUUGUUGACAACAGUAAAGAAUGGAAAUACAGGUGUCGAGGUGCGCACUAUGGCAGCGGUGCUGCUACGUCGUCUGUUCACAACAUCAUUUGAAGAUUGGUGGCCUGCAUUACCGGAGGACAUUCGAGGCGUAAUGAAAGAACAGCUCCUGUUGGCUAUUCAAGGCGAGUCCAUGCAGCCAGUCCGUAAGAAAAUCUGUGAUGCGGUGGCAGAGUUUUCUAGAUGUCUAAUAGAUGAAGAGGGUAACAACCAAUGGCCGGAAGUCCUCAAGUUCAUGUUUGACUGUGCCAGCUCUCCCGACCCUGGACUUAAAGAGGGUGCACUUCAUAUUUUCUGCGCUGUGCCUGGCAUAUUUGGUAACCAGCAAUCACACUACAUAGAUGUCAUCAAGCAAAUGUUACACCAGUGUAUACAUGAUCAGGGCAGUCGGGAGGUAAGGUAUGAAGCUAUCCGUGCAGCAACCUCAUUUUUGAUGUCCAAUGAGAAGGAAGAUCACUUGUUAUCUCAUUUCCGUGAUCUGUUGCCUGGAAUUGUGGAGGGAGUGACCCAGAGCAUACAACAAGGCACAGACGACAGCAUUCUGAAGUGUUUAAUAGACCUGGCAGAGAACACACCAAAAUACCUGCGCAGUCAGCUGGAGACAUUGUUUGGAUUUUGUCUCAAGGUGAUAUCUGAUGCUAACAUGGAGGACAACUGGAGACAGCUGGCACUAGAGGUCAUUGUCACUCUGUCAGAGACGGCCCCCGCCAUGGUCCGGAAAUUUGAGAAGUUUAUUCCUUUGUUAGUGCCUCAGGUGCUGGCUAUGAUGGUGGACCUGGAGGAAGAAGAAGAUUGGGCCACGUCAGAUGAGGUGGAAGAGGAUGAUAAUGAUAGUAAUGCCAUAGCUGGGGAGAGUGCCCUGGACAGGCUGGCAUGUGGCCUGGGAGGAAAGACCAUGCUGCCACACAUCAUAGCCAAUGUACCACAGAUGUUGAGCAGUCCUGACUGGCGUUACCGUCACGCAGCACUGAUGGCUAUUUCGGCCUGUGGGGAAGGUUGUCAUAAACAGAUGGAACAGAUGCUGUCGAAUAUCCUAGAGGCUGUUCUGCCAUACACACAUGACCAGCACCCCCGGGUCAGGUACGCGGCCUGCAAUGCCCUGGGUCAGCUGUCCACUGAUUUUGGCCCCAUGUUCCAGAAGAAAUUCCACGCUAAGGUGAUACCUGGUAUAUUGAUGGUGUUGGACGACACAGCACACCCCCGUGUACAGGCACACGCUGGCGCCGCCCUGGUGAAUUUUAGUGAAGACUGCCCCAAGGGUAUUUUAGUGCCAUACCUAGACACCAUUAUGGGAAAGUUAGAGCAGGUUCUGAAUGCCAAGUUUAAGGAACUGGUAGAGAAGGGUCAGAAGCUGGUGCUGGAACAGGUUGUCACAACACUGGCCUCAGUGGCUGACACAGCGGAGGAAAAGUUCAUCAACUACUAUGACAGGUUUAUGCCAUGUUUGAAGUAUAUAGUACAGAAUGCCACCAGUGAGGAACUGAGGAUGCUGAGAGGAAAGACCAUAGAAUGUAUCAGCCUCAUUGGUUUAGCUGUGGGGAAGGAAAAGUUCUACCCAGACUGUGGAGAUGUGAUGCAGCUGUUAUUGAAGACACAGACAGACUCAGGAGACCUAGCAGAUGAUGACCCUCAGAUCUCCUACAUGAUCUCAGCUUGGGCCAGGAUGUGUAAGAUCCUAGGGAAGGAGUUUGAACAGUACUUGCCUAUGGUGAUGGGGCCAGUGCUGAAAGCAGCCAGCAUCAAGCCUGAAGUGGCUCUAGUAGAUAGUCAAGACAUGCAGUCAAUGGAGGGGGACAAUGACUGGCAGUUUGUGACUCUAGGAGAUCAGCAAAGUUUUGGUAUCAAGACAGCAGGUCUGGAGGAGAAGGCAACGGCAUGCCAGAUGUUGGUGUGCUACGCCAGAGAGUUGAAAGAAGGAUUCUCUGAAUACACAGAACAAGUGGUGAAAAUUAUGGUGCCCCUGCUCAAAUUUUAUUUCCAUGAUGAUUGUCGGAUAGCUGCAGCGGAGAGUUUGCCGUUCCUGUUAGACUGCGCCAGGAUCCGAGGAGACCAGUACUUGGCGGAGAUGUGGCAGUAUAUCUGCCCGGAGCUGCUGAAAGCAGUGGAGAUGGAACCAGAGAAAGAUAUUCUGGCAGAGGUGAUGCAUUCUCUAGCUCAGUGUAUAGAAAAGCUUGGAAAUGGUUGCCUCAAUGACCACCAGAUGUCAGAACUAGUCAGGAUCCUGGACAAAACCAUGAAGGACCACUUUGAAAGGCAGGCAGAGAGGCAAGAGCAAAGAAAAGAUGAAGAUUAUGAUGAUGUAGUGGAGGAAUCAUUAUUAGACGAGGUAUGUCUGGUAUGUGAGGCAACUGGUGUGUAUGAGGUAUGUCAUGAAAGUGAGGCAAGUUGUGUGUAUGAGGUAUGUCAUGUAUGUGAGGCAAGUNAACUUCUAUGA